AAGUCUCCUUUCCCACCCCUUAGCCGCGUAGUUGUGGGCUCCGGAAUCUUUGGCGGCUGGGACAUCGUGACCCGAAUCUGGACAUGGCUUUCUCCGCCGGAUCCCUAUUGGGCCCCGCUGGCAAGUCGGCGGCGCAGCUAGGUGGCAGGUUGUUACAGCCCAGGAUAUGGUUGGGGUUCCCAGACUCCUGGGGCCUCCCUGUCUUGCAGCAGGCCCGUGGCAAGGCGCGCGGAAACGAGUAUCAGCCGAGUAACAUCAAACGCAAGCACAAGCACGGGUGGAUCCGGCGCCUGAGCACGCCGGCCGGCGUUCAGGUCAUCCUCCGUCGCAUGCUCAAGGGCCGCAAGUCUCUGAGCCACUGAGGAUCGUGACGCUGCUGGCAGGACUCCGGUUAAAGCAUUUACGUUGCCUAGGACCUCACCUCUCGCCUUUGCGGGGAGCUGGGGAGCAGAGAAGACUUGGGCAUAAAUGCUCCCCAAAUCCUGGGGUUGGCUUAGGGGAAGAAGUUUGGGUAGGACUGAAUGUGGGGGAGUGGUAGUCAGCUUGGCCAAGUCUCUUUUUAUGCUUUUAAAAUACGAAGAAUUUCGAACAUUGGUACAGUACACAGAACAGUAUAAGGAACCGCUGUGUGCCCAGCCAUCCACAACCGUCCUGCCCCCUCCUGUGUUACUUUGAAGCAGAUCUCAGGCAUCAGGUUAUUCUGGGGAUAUUUCAGAAUGUAUCUCUCCAGGAUAAGGGCUCUUUAUAAUUACAAAACUAUAACCCCCCAAAUUACCAGUAAUUUGUAAAUGUCAAUAAAUGUUAAUUCCAAAU